CAUUCGGAUAUUUUUUACAUUUCGGACCAGGUACGGACCGGGUUUUUCGGUUCGGAUUUCGGGAUACGAAUAUUAUGCCCAUGCCUAAUAUUGAUACUCACUAUAAAAUUUAGAACCCAAGAAAAGAAAUUUACCCUAAUCAUAUAUACGUGAUGAAUUCCCGCGAGAUUUAGUUGUUACUUUGAUUGGAUUGGUUUACGGAUCCAAUUUAGUUCGGUUUAACCUUAACCGGUUCACUUAUAUAUUAAAAUAUUAAAUCAGUGAGUUGCUUAAAAAGAUUCAUGUUGGGUUCGGUUUAAUCAUUAACGGUUUUAACGGUUAAAAGAACCAUGCAUGCACCUUCUUCCUAUAUAUGAAAGGAAACCAUUUAUCCAAGAAACUACUCGAAUCUUCCAGAGCGCGGCUCAUGGCGUCUUCACAGCGUUCAUGGUCGUUGUCAUCGCUGCCGCUCGAUAUGAUAGAAGAAAUAUUCCACAGAAGUCCGGCUGAAUCUCUACUCCGAUCUAAACCGACGUGCAAGAAAUGGUACGAUCUCAUCAAGAACAAGAGGUUCAUCUACGAACACUUGCGUCGCUCCCCGGGAAGAUCCCUUAGAACCGAUGAGCGACGGUUCCUAAGAAUCGACCAGACGGUACAAAUCAUGGAACCGGUGACAAGAACACGCUCAGAGAAACCGAUCCCACACGAGCUCCAACCACUAGAAAACAUCAAAGCCAUGGUUCACUGCGACGGACUCAUGUUGUGUAUGUGCAGCGACAUGGAAUCAGGAAUCGUCCACCUCGCUCUUUGGAACCCCCUCACGAGGCAUAUCACACUGAUCCAGCCCUCGACACGUUUCACGACUUCUGACUACUACGGGAUUGGACACGGCGUCAACAAGUAUCGAGAUGGUUACAAGAUCCUUAGGUUUUCUGAUCGCCGUUACGAUAAUUAUCAUCAUCAUCAUCAUUCUGAAGUGGAUUUUGAGAUUUAUUACUGCGAGACGAGUUCUUGGAGAACCCUCGAUGAUGCCAAGGUUGAUUGGAAUGUGGAUUUCACGUGCCAUGGUGUGUCUGUUAUGGGGAACAUGUACUGGCUUGCUCAUAGGGAUGUUGAGGAGGAGGAGGAGCUCGAAAGCUGUAUUAUAGGCUUCGAUUUCACCGCUGAGAAAUUCAUGGACGUAUGCUUUUGCCAUUCCAUUUUUGAUUACAAUUACUUGAGCUGUUUCGGUGGAGAUAGAUUGUCUUUGCUACAACAAAAUCACGACGAGCCAAGUCUUAUUGAGGUGUGGGUUUCAAGCAAGUUGGCUGAUGAUGGGGGUGAUGUCUCGUUUACAAAAUAUUUCAGUGUGGUCAGCUCUGAUCUUCCAUGGUUACAUCUCGAUAGAUCAGAAGAUGCUAGUCAUCCGGUGUACUACAUUGCCAAGAACAAACGUAUCAUAGCAUGGUGCGAGGGAAUGAUGGAUGAUGGUGAUAGACUCCCUGUUUGGAUCAUUCUCUAUGAAAUUGAUGAGGAUGGUGUAAGAAAUCAACUUGAGACAGAACGACAUUACGAGAAUGACUAUGUUGGCACCUUCCUUUGUGGUUACGUGUAUGUUCCAAGUCUAGUCCCUCUUCCAUGAUAAGAGAAAGGAGGUUAUGUUUUCAUGUUCUAAUUAAGCUUUAGUUUGGGACUUUUAGUCUUUUGUUUGUUGAUCUUCUGCAAUGUAAAGAUGUUUACUGAAUUAACAUUGGUCUUUGUAUGAUAAUCUUGAGAGGGUUUAGGUUAUGGUUCACAGUUGUGUCAUGUGUGUAUCAGUCAUCUUUGUUGUUCAAUAAAACUAAGA